AUGGAUACCCUUUCUGCUCCCACAUUUUUGUCUUCUUUCUUCAUGGUCUUCUUCUUCUUUGUAUCUGUAGAGGGUAUAUCUGAUAAAACACUUUCGGACGCUGAGAUGAAGAGCUACUCUCAACUUGAUCUCCCUGGAGUCAUUGGCCCAGAAAGCAUUGCCUUUGAUUGCAAUGGGAAAGGGCCAUAUGUUGGUGUCUCUGAUGGCAGGAUCCUGAAAUGGCAAGGACCUGACCAGGGCUGGGCAGAGUUUGCUGUCUCCUCAUCUAACAGGGAAAGGAAGGUAUGUGAUGGCUCAACGGACCCUGACAAGGAACCCAUGUGUGGAAGACCACUUGGCCUCAAAUUCAAUCCUGCAACUUGUGAUCUCUACAUUGCAGAUGCCUACUAUGGACUUCUAGUAGUAGGACCAGAAGGAGGUGUUCCCACACAACUAGCUGCUUCAGCUGAAGGAGUCCCCUUCAGAUUCACCAAUGGUUUAGACAUUGAUCCCAAAACCAGACUGGUUUAUUUUACAGACAGUAGCAUUUACUUCCAGAGAAGGGUAUAUAUCUGGGCAAUCAUAAGCUCUGAUAGAAGUGGAAGAUUAUUGAAGUAUGAUCCAAAUAGCAAGAAAGUGACAGUACUCUUCCAAGGGUUAUCAUUUCCAAAUGGUGUGGCUCUGAGCAAAGACAAUUCUUUUAUUCUAGUUGCAGAAUCAGGAACAUUCAAAAUCCUGAAGUUUACGCUUGUAAACGCUGAAAUUCAAGCCCCAGUAGAAGUGUUUGCUCAGCUUGGAAGAGUCCCUGAUAACAUAAAGAGGAAUGAUAAGGGGGAGUUUUGGGUGGCAUUAAAUACUGGGAGAGGAAAGAUUCAGAGAUUGGAUCAUAAGUCUGAAAUCUCAGACAGAUGGUUUGUGAAUGAUCCUGUAGGAAUUAAGUUUGGUGAGGAUGGGAGAGUGGUGAAGGUGUUGGAUGGAUAUGGUGGGAAGAUACUUGAGUCCGUUAGUGAAGUUGAAGAACACAAUGGAGGGUUGUGGAUAGGAUCUUCUGUGCAACCUUAUGUUGGUUGCAUCGAGAAUUAGUAAUUCAGAUUCAGAAUUGAAUAUACGUUUGAUAGUCUAAAAACAAGAA